AUUGAUAUGCCCUGAAAAAAACUUCUCACUGAAUUCAGUAGUGGUGUCCAGUUUUGCACGCGUAUAAAAAAUGAAGUUUUUAAAGUUAAUUUGCUUGAUGUCCUUCUGGACUCUGGAUUUGAUAAUCGUAUCGGCUCAAGAAUCUCCGAAAAUACCAGACGUGUUUAGAAUGAAAGAUUUUGUUGUGACAGCAGUCGAUGGUGUUGACUCCAGGUUUGGGAUGAUUUCGGAUAUAUACUACGAUCGACCAAACAACAGGUUUUCUGAGACAGUAACAGUUAACGGAAGUGUUAUCCAAACAGUGAUUGACUUUAACACCCAGGAACUGCUACAAAUUCUAGGUACAAAGUGCAAGACUAUUGCGCUCACUGAAGAUCUGGUACGAGCUAAAACAUUCCCUUUUAUAGUAGAUAUUGACAAAGCUGGAAACAUGACAUUGAAAGGCUUGACUUGGUUGAAUGAUGCGGUAAGUGGAUUUGAUACUAAAACUUAG